AUGACAUCGCCGCGUCGAUCUCGGAUCGGAGGAUCUCUGACAGACGUGUUCCAAACUCCUCCGAAAGUGACGGACAUCAAAGUAUCGGGAGAAUCACGAGACUUCUACGCUGUUGUCCUGCCAGCAUCAGUCACAUUGUCAGAACAAGAUAAACCUCCAUUCAUCUUCCCGGAUCUCGCGUCCACGAUACAGUUCUGUAAGCGUUUCAAGGAGGCCGCUCGUUGGAAAAAAUUUCCGAGCCGGCAGGCUGCGCUUCAAUUCUGCGAAGACUCGAACGUUCUAACUCCGUGCUCCAAUGCGAUUGUCAGCGCCAAGGACGAGCGGAAAGCCUCUGGGGAAAGAAGUCCGUUCAGGAGUCCGCGAUCACAAGAUUACGUGCGAUUCCGCAAGUGCAUCAUGGAUAACGACAAGACGCUUCUAUUGGAAAUGGUGUGGUCGAAUCCUCGAUAUCUGAUUGGAGGCGGCGACAACCCUACCAUUCUCCACGAAGGGUGUAGGUACAAUGCGUUUCAUGUUGCGGCUCGUAGCAAUAAGCCGGUGAUUCUUCAAUUGCUGAUAGAUCUCCUCCGGAACACGAGUCUUUUCCGGAUGUUGUAUCCAGAUGAUGACGAGGACACAAUCAAUCAAAGAAUCAAAUAUGUCAUCAACAUGUACCUUAAUAUCCCGGACAAAACCAAACGAGGCGAUCGUCCCCUGCACUUCGCCAGCGCCAUGGGUUCCCUCCAGUGCGUCGAAAUCCUCCUCAACCAAGAAGAAUGCGUCAGAGACGCUCCAAACGGCGAAGGCUUCACGGCAGUAGAAUUGGCAGGCACUCGUAUGACGGAGGCAUCCUCUCUCGAUGUGGAGAAAGCGAUCAUCGAUCUUUUUAAUGGCAAGUUCGAGAACUUCGAUGAGGAUCACCAGGUUAUCCUACCGAUUGUUCGUGACGAGAUGUGCUCCGAACCACCGGCCUUCGCCGCCACCAUGAACCUCAUAACUAGGGACUUCGACUUCCGGAAUCCCCCUCUACCUACAGCUCAAGCCAAAACUUGGAACGCAGGCGAAAAGUCUCAGUUUCGUAUCGUUGCGGUCGUCGGUCCAGUCACGAGGGAGCGAGCCGCUCGCAUAGUGAAUGACGUUCACAGUAAGCGAGCAACUUUCGCGGACGUUCGGAGACGCGACGCGGAGAAAGGUUUCGAGAGCGUUGUACGAAAAAUCGCCAAAGACCAGGACUUACGCUGGAACGAGUUCUGGCCCUUCCUCAAUUCUUGGGGCGAUCUCACUACGAGAAAUGGUCUCUUAGACUUCGAAGCCUAUUUCAUCGAGUCGCUCCAGGAUUCACAACCAGAUUUGGGCGCGGAAAACGAGAACGCAAACAACAAACGCAUAACCAAAGAUCAUGCAACAUCAGAUUGCAUAAAAGCGCUCAAAGAUUUGGUCGAUGGUGUUGGAGACGACAAUACUGGCUGUCAGGCUCUCGAGAAGAAUGUUGCCGAUGCUGAUCAUUGUGAAGUAGCGAGAUCGGUGGCCUCUUACGUUCUCGAUUUCAUGUCUGAGCACGAGAAGAAAUUCGUCAAAGCGGAGUUGACAAGUCUCGAGGAGUAUCCGUUGAAUUCGAUGAAGUCCUGUGUCAUACAGAAAAUUCUUAACCUAUUGGAGAGGGAGGAUUCACAUGAAUGUAGAUGCUUCGUGCAAACGGGUGCUCAGAAUGGGAAUAAUCGGGAGAAAACGAGCCAUCGGAGGAGAUCGAAGGUUUCGAGUGUCGACAUUUUGAAAAUUUGCUUCAUACAUGGACCCCUGCCGAGUCGGACCGACUAUCAAGUCUGGAUAGCCAUGGAGUCCGUCGUAGAAACUAUCGAGCAAUCCGAAUAUCCGUGCGUCUACCGAUGGAUCAAUAACAUGGCUGAGUUCCCAACCGAUCAAAUGGCACACUGGGGAACACCGAAAAAAACUCAACCGAUUCUCGGAAAUCGUUCGUCGCCGAUCUCAUCUCUCCCCAGCUCGGAGCCGCAGUCAUCCACACCUCUUAGAAAUUCGAAGAAGAACGGACGUAGCUCAGUACGGAAACCCCGACGAGCGGAGAUUAUUUUUCCGGUGGACGAGUGGUAGGGAGUCCGAGUCUUUGUGUCGAUUAUCACAUCGAGGUGAUGAAUCCGCGGGGACGACCUAAUUCUAGAUGUUGAGACCUUCAAUUGGACCCUGGACUUUUUGGGACAAGGGUCUCGUUUCGAUCUUGCGGUUCCGAUGCAGUCGAAACCAUUGUGAUAGCAAUCGUUCUCGAGUCCUGAUUCUAGCUGGAGCAUCCCCUGCAGUCCAUGGCUCCCGGAACUUUGCUAGUGCCUGCCAUGUCCGGUCCCAUCAUCGUUCAAUGAGCGAUAAGGCCGAAAAUCGUAGCGCCGAGAUGCGACUUCCUCGCUGUACCUGAUGUAUAUAUUUUACCCUUUUCCUGAAACCCCCAACCGCUCGCCGUC